GGCCAGCGGCGCACCUCACUGUGUCUGUGUCCAACUCGCCGGCACCGGCGAGUCGACUCGGCCGAGAACGGCCAUUACCUGCAAAAAGAAGGCGAACGAGUUGGCAUUCAAGGAGACAAAGGAAGGCUUCGUGGACUACGACAGAGGACAGCACGAUGUAUCUUCCAGGGUCUCCGGCCUCCGCAAGGGCGACAUCCCCGCCCGCCACCGCAUCCGAGUCGCCGCAAACCGCUUCCAGAGGGACUGGACGGUUUCCGAGGUUGUCGACUUGGUCCUCACCCUCACCCUGCAGGACGACAUCGAGGGUGUACUGAACCGCUGGAUGGGGCGCUUCGCACGCAAGAAUUUCCCUUUCCUUAUAAGGGAGUUGACACAGAUAGGGUCCAUUGAACACUGUAACUUAGUGUUUCGUUGGAUGAAAAACCAGAAGAAUUAUUGUGCCCGGAAUGAUAUUUACAAUAUGAUGAUUAGGUUGCAGGCCAGACAUCAUCGAAUUGACCAAGCACGUGGAUUAUUUUUUGAGAUGCAAGAAUGGAGGUGCAAACCUGAUGUUGAGACUUACAAUGCUCUUAUCAAUGCGCAUGGUCGAGCUGGACAAUGGCGUUGGGCUAUGAAUAUCAUGGAAGACAUGCUGCGUGCAGCUAUUCCACCCAGUCGGUCAACUUUUAACAACUUGAUAAAUGCCUGUGGAUCUAGUGGAAAUUGGAAAGAAGCACUUAAUGUUUGCAAGAAAAUGACAGACAAUGGGGUUGGGCCUGAUCUUGUUACUCACAAUAUUAUAUUAUCUGCAUUUAAAAGUGGAGCUCAGUAUUCAAAAGCUCUCUCUUAUUUUGAACUAAUGAAGGGAACUCGCAUUCGUCCUGACACAACUACACUUAAUAUUGUUAUCCAUUGUCUAGUGAAGCUUCAACAAUAUGACAAAGCCAUUGAUAUUUUUGAUUCUAUGAGGGAAAAGAGAUCAGAUUGUCACCCUGAUGUUGUAACAUUCACUAGUAUCAUUCACUUGUAUUCAGUGUGUGGGCAAGUUGAAAAUUCUGAGGCUGCGUUCAAUAUGAUGCUGGCAGAAGGGCUUAAACCAAAUAUAGUCUCGUAUAAUGCACUAAUAGGUGCAUAUGCUGCUUGUGGGAUGGACAAUGAGGCACUUUUGGUUUUCAAUGAGAUAAAACAAAAUGGUUUCCGCCCAGAUAUUGUAUCUUAUACAUCUCUGCUUAAUGCUUAUGGAAGAUCACAAAAGCCCCAAAAAGCAAGGGAAGUAUUUGAAAUGAUAAAGAGAAACAAAUUGAAGCCAAACCUUGUCAGUUACAAUGCACUGAUUGAUGCCUAUGGAUCUAAUGGUUUGUUGGCGGAUGCAAUUGGAAUCUUGCGGGAGAUGGAACAAGAUGGAAUUCAGCCAAAUGUUGUCUCCAUAUGCACACUCUUGGCUGCCUGUGGACGAUGCAGUCAGAAGGUAAAGAUUGAUACAGUGCUAUCAGCAGCUGGGAUGCGAGGCAUUAAAUUGAACACGGUUGCAUAUAAUUCAGCUAUAGGAAGCUAUAUGAAUGUAGGGGAAUAUGACAAAGCUAUAGGCUUGUAUAAAUCUAUGAGGAAGAAAAAAAUAAAUUUUGAUUCUGUUACUUACACUGUGUUGAUAAGUGGUUGUUGCAAGAUGUCAAAAUAUGGUGAAGCCAUAUCUUUUAUGGAAGAAAUGAUGCAACUAAAACUUCCUUUGUCCAAAGAGGUCUACUCAUCUGUCAUAUGUGCCUAUAGCAAACAGGGCCAAAUCAUAGAAGCAGAAUCUACAUUUAACUUGAUGAAAUCAUCUGGUUGCUACCCUGAUGUGGUUACAUAUACUGCAAUGCUCGAUGCAUACAAUGCAGCUGAAAAAUGGGAGAAAGCAUACGCACUCUUUGAAGAAAUGGAAGCAAAUAACAUCAAGCUAGAUACUAUUGCAUGUUCAGCCCUGAUGAGAGCUUUUAAUAAAGGAGGCCAACCAGGAAGGGUCAUUGGUCUUGCUGAAAGCAUGAGAGAAAAAGAGAUUCCUUUUAGUGAUACCAUUUUUUUUGAAAUGGUAUCUUCCUGUAGCUUAUUACAUGAUUGGAGGACAGCUGUUGAUAUGAUCAAGUACAUAGAGCCCUCACUUCCUGUAAUUUCAUCUGGAUGUUUGAAUAUGUUCCUGAACUCAUUAGGAAAAAGUGGAAAGAUUGAAACUAUGUUGAAGGUAUUCUUCAAAAUGUUGGCAUCAGGUGCUAAUGUUAACUUCAAUACUUAUUCUAUUUUAUUGAAUAACCUUUUAUCCUCCGGAAAUUGGAGGAAAUAUUUAGAGGUACUGCAAUGGAUGGAGGAUGCUGGAAUUCAUCCAUCAAAUGACAUGUACCAUGACAUAUCCUCCUUUUCGCAAAAAUGCUGUGGGGCUGAAAAUGCUGCUGUCAUAAAAGAAAGACUUGUUAGGUUGCACAGACGCUCUUUGUGCCCCAUUUCACCACCAUGCGUGUGGAGGAUCUUGAUGGAACUUAAAACCAGAAUCCUUGAAAACAGUGUGUCUCUUUGAUGGACAUUAUCAUUGUAUUUAGAGAGUCAGAC